CGAUUAAAAGUUUUGAAAAGUUUUGUUCCGUGUCGAACGAGUGACCGAGAAGGCGGAUCCGCGGAUCUGCCGGUUCUCGAUUUUGGGACGAGACAAAAUUCGCCGUGCGAAUAUCUGUCGCAAAAAAUUGUCCAUCAACAGCACUGUCAUCGUCAAUUGUGCAAUCGUCAUCAUGUUUAUUCAGCUGCGAUCCGUUCAUCGCGCGCGAUCGAUUUCACGUGUCCUGUCAACCGAAAAGACGAGCUUGUGAUAGCGGUGAAAAAAAGCAACGUCGAGAUCCGUGUCUUUCAGCUGCACCUCGUUACACUUUUGGUACUUGGAAUGAAACAUCUGUUCGAAACGAGAUAGAUGUAUGUAUAUAUUCGUGCUUUGUGACGAGAAAAAGCGAACGAGAGUGCAGCUGAUACGAUCGAAUCGGUAAAAAUAAGUACGUAGGAUUUGGCGGGAGAGAAAAGAGAAGAGAAGACAAUUUACAAAGUGGAAUGUAGAAGAGUGUAAUUAGAAUUAGGAGGAGCGAGUUCUCGGAGUACAGUCCGCUCCAGUUCGACAUUGGUAGUAUACCAGCAAUAAGCAGCCCUUCGAGGUGCAGUAAAGUAGGAGCGCGCAAAUGUCAGAUGGCUUAUGACGGCUACGAAGCGAGAGUAGGAAUGUGACGGGUGCAAUUUGGCGGCUUUUGAAUUUUCUCAGCAGAAGGACUCAAGUCCGCGCGACUCGCUGAGAAUCGUCAAUCGUGCACGAUGGAGGGCCACCAGGUAAGAGCGCUCUAUGACUUCGCGGGUGAGUCAGGAACGGCGGAAUUGUCUAUCACUGCUGGGGAGCUUUUGACUGUUAUACGAGACAAUGUAGGAGAUGGCUGGUGCGAGGGAUUUAAUCAGAGUGGACAAUCAGGCUUGUUUCCAGCGGCGUACGUUCAAGUGGUCGAACAAGCUGCAAUCUCUUCCAAUACUGUGGCAUUAUCCCAGCAAAGCUCUGGGGAUUAUUGGGACGAUGACUGGGAUGACGAUUCUGAAGUUGGACAAACACAGGCUUAUGUUCCACCUACGCAACAACAGCAGUCACAAAUUAUACUGCCACAGCAGAAUAGUGCUAGCGAAUAUGGCGAUCAAGUAUCAAUGCAUACUAUACAUUCUGUGAUACCAGACAGGCCUAUACCCAAUGUACCAAAGAAAAAUAACAAGUUUUCUACAUUGAUCAAAUCAGGAGAAGAUAGUUUCCUAAUGGGCACUAGAAUAGUGACUGUGCCUGAGAGCGAAAAAAUUUUUAUAGAAGAGGACGAAGUUGGCCGAUGCAAGUGGAUGCCGACCGGAGAAUCUUAUAGUUGCGUCGUCACAUCGCCUAAGAAGGAAUCCAAACUGAAGGGUCUCAAAAGUUUCAUCGUCUAUCAGCUAACUCCCACAUUCAACAACAUACAAGUCUCGAGAAGAUACAAGCACUUUGAUUGGCUACACGAGCGUUUAGAGGAAAAAUAUUGCUUCAUUCCUAUCCCACCUCUUCCCGACAAGCAAAUAUCCGGACGCUACGAAAAUGCGUUUAUCGAGCAUCGACGUACGCAGCUGCAAGAGUUUGUUGAUUACGUAUGUCGACAUCCCGUGCUGUCGCGUAGUCGUGUUUGGGAGCACUUUAUCACGUGUACGGAUGAAAAGCGAUGGAAGGCGGGAAAACGACAGGCAGAAAAGGACGAACUGUUAGGCGUAAAUUACUUUAACGCCAUUCAGUGUCCGGACACGUCUCUGGAUAUCAUAAAGAUGGAGAUUCAAACGGACGCCUUCGGUAAAUUUAUCAGCGGAUUAGAUCCGAUAGUGAAGAACUUUAUGGCCGUGGCGGCCGACCAAGCGAGGAAGCAUCAAGUGCUCUACAAAAGAGAAUUCCAAAAGAUUGGCCAAUCAUUUACGUCACUCGGCCACGCUCUGGAGGCGGAUGAUAACGGUCGUGGAAAGCUGACGCGCGCGUUGAAAGCUACCGGCGACGCUUACAACGAUAUUGGCAAGCUGUACGAAGAUCAGCCCAAAUUCGAUUGGGAGCCAUUGGCUGAUAAAUUUCAUAUUUAUCGCGGUAUUAUUAGCAAUUUUCCGGACGUUAUCAGCAUUCAUAAGAGCGCUGUGCAAAAACGAAAGGAUUGCGAUCGAUUGGUCAGCGAACACAAGAUGGAACCGCAGCAAUUACGCGAGCUUUCACAUCGAACUGACGUAAUAGCCCGCGCGCUAAUCGCCGAGGAAACACAUUUUCAAACGGAACGCGAAGUACAUAUAAAUAAAGCUGUAAAGACACAUCUCAGGGAACAAAUCACCUUCUAUCAAAAAAUAGUCGAUAAACUACAGGAGGCGUUAAAUGCGUUUGAUGAAUAAUACUCGAACAAUUGUCAUAAUCUGCCUAAGUAAUAUAAAAUCUGAUCGCUCUAAAGCCGGUUAAAAUCAUUGCUCACAGACAGGUACUCCGAGUACGAUCAUGAUGAAUAUGCCAAAUGCACAUAAUUUCACAGUGAGAUAUGUACAUACAUUAAAUAUGUAUUAAUUACACCACAGCAGUCGAAUAGUUAAACUAGAUAAUAUGAAUAAUUGCAAAAUUGCUAUACAUAAUUGUCAGUAUAGUCAAGUGAUCAUCUCAAGAUUGAUAAAUAAUUGGAAUUGAUAUACAGUUAUGCAAUAAUCAUUGAUAUAUUAUGACAA